AUGGCUCUUGGCCCCAUUCUGACCUCCAGGAUCGCCAGAUCUGUACCCUGGAAGAGGUGUUUCGCGCCAACUACCACAACAUUCCAUCUCUCCGACCCAGCGAUGGCUGCAAACCCCACUGCAACAUCAUCCUCCCAGGAGCGCAGUAAAAGCGCCUACUGGCGCUACGGCGGCUACGCUAUCAAGCGCGAGAUCGCUCUCGAUUGGCUUGCCCGCGUUCGCGACCAGAAACUUGACCAGCUUAAAUACAACGACCGGGAGUAUCCGAUCACAGUGCUUAGUAAUUACUUUCGGGGGAAGAUCCCAUGGGCCAUUUUGGAGUGUGGAAAGAGGGACGAGGAGACCUGGGAAAGAGAGUACGCCGUGAUCAUCGUGCAGCAGUCGGAAUACUAUGCAUACGAGGGCACCGGCGACUCAGAUGCUCCCCAGUGUAGCCCUCAUCGCCAUGAUGACGCGGCACGUGAGUUUCUCAUCAAGCAAGGAAUUGAUCCUCAGGCGAUCAGUUUUAAAACAUUCAUUGAACACCGAGACGUUUUAGUGAAGAAGAAGAAGCAAGCGGUUUAA